UAAACACUCCCUCAGAGUUCAGAGCCUAUGUGCUUGGUGGGGAGAUUUAGCUGCUUGUCUGCUGGUAACUUGAUGCAAGUCAUGUGUUAAGUACUCGUUUGUUCAGCUGAAAAAUCAGUUGCCCUUAUUCAAGUUGCUUAUAAAUUGUCUUUUCAGAGAUUUGAAUGGACCAUUUUCAUUGUCAAUAUUUUGUGAAGGAUGUUUGAAACAAUACUGAAAAGUACAUAUCCAGCACUCUAGAAUGGGCAGCUUCUCUGCUGAAGAUCAGUGAGUCUGUUGGGACCAAGAAGUGAGGAAAAAGCAUCAAGCCUUACAGCAAGGAUAUUUGUACAUUGUCUACCUGCACUCUGACAAAGGAGAGGAAUGGGCUGUAACAGAAACUGUGGGCUCCUCACUGGGGCCAUUGUUGGCGCUGUGCUGGCUAUCUUUGGGGGAGUCCUAAUACCAGUUGGAGAUAACCUCAUAGGCAAAGCAAUAGAAAAGGAAGCUGUCAUUGCAAAUGGUACCACUGCUUACCAAAAUUGGGUUGUGCCAGGAAGCUCAGUUUACAGAGAAUUUUGGAUUUUCCAUGUGCUAAAUCCUUCGGAGGUUUUAGAUGAAGGAGCUCGUCCAAAACUUGAACAAAGAGGACCUUACACAUACAGGGUGCGAUAUUUACCCAAAGAAAAUAUCACGGAAGAUGAAAAUGGCACGAUAUCCUACAUGUUGCCUAAUGUUGCUCGUUUUGAACCUAAUAUGUCUGUUGGGACAGAAGAUGAUAACAUCACCUGCCUCAACCUUGCUGUUGUUGCUGCACCUGCCUUGUACCCCGGCACUUUUAUGCAAAUAUUGUUAAACACUUGGAUUAAAUCUUCUAAGUCAACCAUGCUGCAGAACAGAACAGUAAAAGAAAUACUGUGGGGAUACACAGAUCCCUUCUUAGACAGUAUUCCCAUCUCCAUAAACCCAGUUCUUGGAGUGUUCUACCCGUAUAAUGGGACAACUGAUGGACCUUACAAAGUCUAUACUGGGACAGAAGAUAUUACAAAAACAGCAAUAAUUGAAAGCUAUAAAAACAAAAGGAAUCUUUCAUACUGGGAAGGUCACUGUGAUAUGGUUAAUGGCACAGAUGGAGCAUCAUUCCCACCAUUUAUUAAGAAGAAUCAGGUACUACGCUUCUUCUCCUCUGAUAUUUGCAGAUCAAUCUACGGAGUUUUCCAGAGCAAACAGAACGUGAAGGGAAUCACCCUCUAUCGUUUCUCAGUUCCUCGUGAAGCAUUUGCAUCACCAACCGAAGUGGGAGAUAAUUAUUGCUUCUGUACAGAUCAAGUCAUAUCACAGAACUGCACAUUAGGUGGAGUCCUAGACAUCAGUGCCUGCAAAGCAAAAAGACCGGUAUACAUCUCUCUUCCUCAUUUUCUUCAUGCAAGUGAUUCUAUAUUGCAUGACGUGGAAGGCCUGAGUCCAAAUGAAAAGGAGCAUGAGACAUUUCUAGACAUAGAGCCUAUCACUGGUUUUACACUACGAUUUGCAAAAAGGCUGCAAGUAAACCUUCUUGUAAAGCCUGCACCAAAAAUUGCCGCUUUAUCAAAAGUUAAAAGCCCUUAUAUUUUUCCUGUUCUUUGGCUAAAUGAGUCUGCUGUUAUUGGGGAUGAGAAAGCAGAAAUGUUCAGAAACAAGGUCACCAAUCGAGUCCAGCUGCUGAACAUACUGCAGUUGGCACUACUGAUCGGAGGUUCUGUGCUGUUCCUGGCGUUCAUGGGCUCCUUUUUCAUAUGCAGAUCGAAGAAAUUAAAAUAAGUAACAGAAGACUUCAGAGGUAGUCAAUGUUUAAUUGAAAUUUCAGCCAAGCAGCAUGUUAAAAUUCAGAGACAAAAGGUAUGAUUCAAGGCACAGUCAGUCCACAUGCUGUGGAAUUCAAUAUGUUUUCCAUUUUGAGAAGACCAACUCACUAACCCAAAUAAACUGAUAUUUCCAAAGGCCCACACUUCUGACAUCACUAAAGAGGCCACCACGGAAACUACACUUUCAAAGAACUUUAUUUGAAACUUGUUACAAAUUUUAAAUUACAUUCAAGCAGACUGAAGUUGAGGUGCAGUGGAUUUUAGUCCACCUUCUGCCAUUUAUGCAACUUGCUACUUAUUUUCUUCUGGGAUUUGCAAGACAAAUGAAAGCUGUUUGCUGAUGUUCUGAGCACAGGCUGGGAAUGACAAGACUUUUGAGCUCAUGCUGUGCUCUAGAUGCUCUCAUUGCAAUACUUCUCUCUGUUGCUUCAAGGAAUGGAAGCUGCUGCAAUAGCAUUGCUCUCUGUCCUCUAUUCAGGGAUGUGAAUUGCAUUGAAUGUGAAGUUUAUUAUGUAAAGUUACUAACUGUAAUACAGAAAGAAAUUUUAUAAAAGACUUACUAAAAUAUGUGGUGUAUACAUUUUAUAUGGAGAUGGCUCAUUGAUACACCACAGUCAUUCAUAUGUUGAUGGAGCUCCUCAACAUUUGGCUCCACAGCUGUUUAUUACUCUGAGCCACUCCUGAACUCCCAGCCUCCUCCACUGCCCUUCCUGUUGCCUCCUGUGUGCUUUUCUUUUUGGCUCUUGCUUGAACACCAGCCUGUGCUCUGCCCAAGGCCUCCCUUAGAAAAUGAUCUCACCUGACAGGUCAAGAGAAAAUACUCCAGAAUGCUCCAGAGACAGGAAAGACUGGAUAAUGAUUUUGAUCAAACAUCAGAGGGGUCCACUUCCUUCCUAUAGAAGCACAUAAAUGAAAGCAGGUAGCCCCAAUUCUUUACUGAUAAACCACCUGCCACAAGGAAAUUUGUGCAACCAUUUGUUUAACGAGGUGCAUCAACCUGUAGACAGGUAGCAAACACUGCCAUCUGCAAAAAUGGUUCACCUUUUCAAGUGAUCUGGAUGCCAUGUCUUAUUCUGAGAGUCGAUGGGGCAGAUAUUGAGCGUUGUAGGGUCUCUUUUCCCAUGGACUCAUUGAAUUCAGAACAAGAGCCUAAAGCCAGCACUUUGUAAGAUUUCUUCUUGGAUCUUUUGUCUCCUUAUUUAAGAGCUGUAAAAAAAAAGGAAAAUCAGACAUGACCAGACUCUCAGAGCCAGGUGUUUGGAAGCAAUGCUACAAUGGACUUUAACCAUAAAUGUUUGUCUUGCUAGUAAAGGACGAUAUCUUUGGUUGGGUAUCUUUAGUAAGGUGUCAUUACCCUUUGGAAAUAAAAGGGAAACUUAACAGACUAAAGCAUUGGUGUUUUAUUCUCAUAUUCCUUGUGGACAAAAUUGUGUAGCUAUUAAUAGAGCUGAUGAGUCACAGAAAUCCCAAGGGAUUAUUCUUGAAGGUGAGGUCUGUGUGGUACAUGGCUACACUCUUUCCAGCAGUGAGCUGGAAAUGUAAGGUAACAGGGCAGGAGAUGUGAAGGGGGCAUGACACUCAAGAGAAAUGCUGCUCUCAGCCCAUGCCGUUGAUUACUUAUGGUGCUUGCUAGUCAAUGAAAAACAAGACUUUUCUCUCAUAUCUACAUUAUUGCGAGUGUCUUAUAUGAUACUCUGUUGCCAAACUAGUCUGGGGAAAAUCUGACACAACUAAAGGCAUCCCUGAAGUCCUGUGGUCAAAAAAGUAUGAGGACAGCUGAAGUUAUUGUCACCAUCUCCUCUGAGUCAAACACAGCUCUGCUGUGUUUCAAGACCUGACACCAAGUUUUUAUAAUAAAAUGUCUUUUGUGCCAGAACCUAACAUGAAAGAAACAAGAGCAAUGCUCCUGUCAUGUUUGAUGUACUAACAUUUCAGCUUCAUUUUAUUUGAGUUCAAGUACGUUGUCGGUAAGUUAGUGUUUGCGUUACUAGUGUUGUUAAGUGCUAUGUGGUGCUCCUGCAGCAGUGAUCCAGCAAGUCAGGCCAUGAUUUUAAAUGUCUCAGGGCCAAAUUUUACAUGCACAGAAAUAUGUUUGUCCAUAUGUAUAAUCUCAUUGGUCUCAAAGCAGGUUUGGACUUUCAAACUAUGUUCAGCACCUAGACUGCACUUGAAUUAUUUGUAGUUAUUUUAUCCAAAGCAUCAGUUACAGUUAUUGUUAAUUCAUGAUAAUGAGGCUAAUGUUAAGUAUUUACACUUGUUCAAACAAUAGAGGAUAAAAAUUUCAUGGAAAUGUUAAUGAAAAUACAAAUACGAUAAAGCUCAAAACCUUUUUUCUGAUAUACCUAUGUCUAAUUGUAAAUAAAGCCUUCUGUGUUGAAUAAUGAA